AUGGAUGGUUUUCCAGAGAAAAAGGAACAACGCAAGGACAAGGUAACUCAAGUGAACGAUAAUGCUGGAGAUGAUUCUGAAGGAGGGAAGCCUGCCUCAAGAAAACGAACCAUUAUGCGGACUACCGCCAUCUUUGCGGUUAUAGCACUUGUGGUUGGCGGAGCUAUACUCGCAGCAACGUUGUUGACUCGGAAGGAGCAAUUUACUGAGCGCUUAGUGGAAGUCAACUUGGAACCAGGUGAAACUCUGUUGUAUCAAGUUGAGCAAGUCCUUGAAGUACGGAGCGGAGAGCUUCAGAGAGGUAUUUAAUGUCGCUAUUAAUUAAACAUUAUGUUGCUCCGCUUCAUCGCUAAGUGAUCAAGACGAUUUACUGCUUUAAAAUAACCUUUUUGGUCUUGAAGCCCAUGUUUUUGAGUUAAAAUUAUCUGUUUAAGAUGAUAUUGGACCAGAACGCAUUUUAAAAAUGGCUAUCUAAAGCGAUCUUUGCAGUAACGAACGCCAGUUACACCACAGACGGGUUAGGGUUAGGGUUACGGCCCAAGAGAUGAUCAUCUUGCGAAACAAGAGUUAUGGCGAAAUUGUAAGAGUCUGUAUGGGAAUAUUUACAACCGCUCUAAGGAAUAAAAAAUAAGUCAAAUUCUCAAUAAAAAUACCUCACCUUACUUCCACAGUGCAUCGCUUGUUAUCGGACUGCUUAGUAUGCAAAUCUCACAACUGGAGCUUGGGCCGCCCGUGGAUAUAUUUUCAAUUGUUUUGCAUAUGAAUGGUUCAGUGAAUUAUAAUGGUGUUUAGGUGCCUACUUCGUUCAAAUGUUUGGACUUCAUUUUUUUUUUGACAUUCAGUUAAUCGUUAGAACGCUACAUCCAGUAUACCUUAAACAAUUAGCCAGGUUCUGAAUUCAUAACGGCAUUUUCGCGCUCAUCUUCAAAUUUUAGGGAUAUUUUGGUUGUCUGACGAUAACGUUCACCUGAACCCCUCCCCCUCCCCCCCUUCCCACAGGCUCUCCAAUAUUCUUAUGAUUCCCUCCCUCGUUGAUAGUUAACUGGCAGUCAAUUUUCUACAGCUUCCCCCCUCCCUCCCCUUUCUACUCUGUUGGCGAUUCACCCCCGAUCUUCCAGCUCUCCAAAAGUCCUCGGGCAAUAAUUUAACUAGUGACUGGAUCCUAAGAUACACUUCAAAAAGUUACACUUCAAAAAGUGCUAGCAAAAAACACUCACUAUCAAGAUGUUAACAUUGAAGGUUUAAAUCCACCUUUUUUCAUGCGCUUGCCCACCAUGCAAGAUCGAAAUCCUUUAAACAAUAAAAAGAUUUGGAGUUAUGAUAUUGAAGUUGAAUAUUUAUCGAGCUGAACAUUAUCUUAUUUCCUUCAAUUUGUCAGACAAGCAGUCAAUCAUUGUCGAUUUAAACUUAACGAAUAUUGCGUUCUGGCCAAUUCUUUUUAUACUUCAAUUUAGUCUGAUUUAUUUCAAGAUUUUAUAAUAGCACAUUUAAUCAUUUUUCAGGGACACUAAAUACCAUUGUUGCCCUUCAAGUCAUAAACAAGACUUCAGAAGAGUAUUGGUUCGUUUUUAAGAUUAUCAGCAUUAAUACUGAAGGAGAAAACUUGGAAAAAAUCGGUAACGUGACCCAAGGAAGAUCGUUAUAUUUUCUGGUUAGGGUUGAGCGCACUUCAAGGUAAGUAAUAACAUAUAGUCCUGAAAACUUGACCUUGACUCGGAAAAAGUUUAUCUUACCAAAAGAGUAAUUAGGCAUGAUAAGUCCACUGGAUAAUGCUUUUUGCAUAAAUAUCAUAUUUGACUUUCAGUUUUGUUUAAUUUCGUUUCUGGACUAAAUCACUUGACUUGCUCGGGGCAGGUAAGCUAGGUGACCCUGGAGAGUUUAAAAAUAAAAAGAAGACAAUCAUAUAGAGAGCAGCAUGAUUUCUCAUUAGAUGAAGAAGUUAUAUUCAUAAAAACAUUCACCACAAUUGUUUUAUAAAGAAAUCAACUUCACAUUCUGACCGACGGCGCGUCGUAUUGCAAUAUCGAACGCUUUGUCUAAAAUAAGCAUUCUUUUCUGAUUCCCUUUUUCUAAGCCUUUUAUAAAUCGUAACCAAUAUCAUUUAAGAUUCAGAUAUCAGUUCUUGAUUUUCACCUAGAGAUCUCAGGUAAGUUUCAGCUCAAUUAGAUAACGGUGGACGAAAUUUUCUCAAGAACUCCUUCUAAUGCUACAAACUUUGUUUUCAAUUUCUAUCAACAAUUGGCUUUUGAGUCCUCUGGAAUUAGCAGGAUAAGUAGCCAUGCUCUUAUAUAACAUGAAGUUACCCAUUCCCCAUCCCUUCAUUUUACUUUUUCGUUGGUCAUAUUUAUAUCCCAUAAUUUUAACUCGUCUGAAAAUUGAUUAGAAGCCUGAAAUGUCACUUCUUCGGUAUCAUGCUAGUUGCAAAUUGGGAUGUUUUCACUGAGUCUGUCUGUUUUUUCAACAGGUCUGAGAAAAAGAAAACGUCAACAUUCACCAAAGCAGACGAGUCCUUUGAAUUAUACGGAAACCCAGAGUCCGACGUAGAGUUGACUCGUUAUGCCCGAGCCAUACUUACACAGCUUCUCCCAACUGUUGAGCGCAACCUCUACGAACGUGUAAAUGGAGAGAAACCGGACCCAAAUUCCGAGCCAAAACCUGAAAAAUCUUCCAUGUUUCCCGGUAUUGUGAAGAUGCACAGAGAAGCAAACACAUCAGAAAAUGACGACCUUUUUAUUAAAAACAAAUUCAAUCGGUCGGAUGUCACCAAUAUGACAUCUGAUAUCGACUUGGACAUGUCAUAUGCUGAUUCAUCCGUUCUUAAUAAGAGUAACGGCGUGGUUACAAAAGGUGAGGUCCACUUAACCGAACAACUAAAUUUCGGAGAGCCAGUUCAGUUUAAGAAAGGAUCCAAAGUCAGCACGAUGAAGGUUUCUUUCACGAGCAAGGUUACUCUUCUUGAUGAUGAGAGAUCUCGGAGAAGCUAUCUUGAAGACAAUGAACUAACCGAUAUUAAUGUUCGUAAUUUCGUAAAACUCUUUGCACCAAUAUCUGACCAAAAAUUGUGGGUAAAAAACGCUAAAAUGGAGGCUCUGAACGAGCCUUCGGCUGAUUCAAAUGCAUUGAACAUCACUUCCGCUGGCGAAGAUGAGCGAGAGACAAACUUGACAACAGCAUCUCACGACUCAAGACACCGAAGCCGCAGACAGAGCCCACAAAUUCUCGAUGCUCCUCGAAAGAUAAGGUUCACACUGUUUGACGAAAAAAUUAUUGGCACAAAUUUGAAAAUGGAAACCGCCAUUCACAUUGAUUCAAUCAAAAAGUUCUUCAAUGUGAAGCUUGACGAGAUUGAGUGGGAUUUAACUCUGCAGUUGGGAUCCAGGUCAAGAGUGAAACUUCUCCGAUACUCCAUUGAUACCACCAACACAGCAAAAAAAACUAUAUACGGAGGCAUCAAAGUUGUAAGUGUUUGAAUUAAAAUAUUGCACUUAGAUCGGGCCUCCAUUUCGGCAAGUUUUUCUAGGAAGCUAACUGACAGUUUACGAAAAACAAGGUCGAUGAAACCACUACCAUGGAAGAAAGUAAAUCGUACAAGUGGCUUGUGUGCCUUUUUUACGUGUUUUAUUAAUAAGUUUAACUUAUAUAAAACAACACAGAUUCCAUGUUGCUGUGGGUUUUUACAGUAACAGACCACAGAGGACGUCAAAAUGUGGUAAGAUCAUCAGUGACACACUCGACUGCGCCUCUUCUACUAGGUCCUUACCACAUUUCGACGUCAUCUCUGAUCCAUCACAGAACAGACGUACAGCACACGGAAUUUGUCUGUUAAGUAUAACACAGCAUAAAAAAAAUUGUAUUCAUUUUCAGGUAGCCCUAUUGUUUGCGAAAACGCAAAUUGAAUGUUUUGUUUCCUUUUCUACAGGGCUUUAGUCUUUCAAUACUUGGGGUGGUCACCCUAGAUGUGGAAUAUUUUCAUGGGGCAAAAGCUAGUAUCGCAGUGAACCGAGACACACCAUCACCAUCCUGGUUAGGCGUAACGGUUAGUAGAUAUAUCUCAUUUUGUCACUGUUACUAUCACACAACAGCAAUCAACUGUCUCUAUUUUUAUACACGCUUGCCUUCAACUGCCACUACCCUUGACUUUGUCACUGACUGCCAUCUUUUUCUUUCAAUGUUAGUAUUCAGUACUUUUCACUUUAUUUUGAAUGUCUUGUGAGUGUCACUGUCUCUGUCAAUGUCCUGACAUUGUUACGCUGUUUUCUACAGCGUAACAAUGUGGUGUUUUUUCUCGUUUCGUUGCCCUAUAAAAUGGCCCACUAGUGGAAUAACAAACCAUUAUUUCUGUCAGCAAUGACCUCGAUGAUGAACAAGACGAAUUAGGGAUAAAAGAGUUCAAGAAAUCAUACAAAUAGAUAAAAGAAAUAGAAAAAAAUAAGCUCUUACAAGUUUAUUAAUUGUCAUUUUAGGUCACACCCUCCGCAUCAGUAACAACUUCUUUGCAUGGAUCUGUAGCCGUAUUGAUUAUAAAGGCCGGGGUGGACGGGGAAGGACACUUGAUACACGGAAGUCUUCCAGUCAGCGUUUCGUAUGAUGCCAGUCGUCCUUCCUACAAGGAUACUUGCGUGGAUUUUUCAUCUAACUUACGACUCCUUGACAUAGAAGCCCGUGUCUUCUACCAAUGGAGAAAAUGUUGGUUUGACUGGGGGAUUAAAUGCAAGUGGGGUUCUCGACACACCUUGUUCAGUUUUGGCCGGUGGUCUGCCUUCAGUUUGAGGCGAACCAUAAGAAAUGAAUGUUACUGAUUAUACUUCUAAGGUGGUCCGAGUGUUGUGAACUGCUAAUUUUUUAGAGAACUUUUUAAUCGAGUGUUGAAAAUAAUCCGAGAAUGCAUUGCUUUGCUUUACUCUGCUCUGUGAUUGGUCCAGAAAGCUCUGCCACUCCCCAACCAAUCAGAUGCAUAAUUUACACCAAUCACGACUUAGCCGCACUUCAGGCGGGCUGCUGAUUUUUAAUUUGAGUUUCAUUGGCUCUUCAGGGUGUUUUUAUUUGUUCUGAUUGGCUUUUGUAAAUAUUCAGUUGUUUUGGUUUUACGACGCUCAAUCGAAAGGUGCUCUAAUAAGAGUUAGUAUCUCCCGGUGUUUUUUCAGAGGUGUCUUUUUUUUGGGAUUUGAUUAAACUCAAAAUCGAGCUACCUUAGAUUAGAAAGGGUAUGUGUGGAUUCUAUUAAUGGUGUCCAGUCUAAGAUUGUAGUUGUAAGUUCAUUAUUUCUUAGAUCAUUUCUACGCGAGAUCGCAGCAGUUUUUUUUCACCCAUUAUGCAGCAGAAUAUGUAGUAACAGUGUCAGUGAUCAGCAAAUCUAAACAUAUCAACAAUUUAGGUAUCUAGGUCGUCAAUGAUUGUACAUACUUCUGGUACCACUCUGUUGCCAAGCGGUAGGAAUGAAAAAUAUGAAGCUUAUGUCGUCACAGGUCACUUGCAUCAACCAGUGCUUGUCGACCGGUGAUUGAGGGCUCUUCAUCAGAUUAGUGGGAUUAAUAGAGAUCUCAGUUGCUUUUGUAACUAUUCGUCGCAACAUUGAGAUGAUUUAUAUACUCAGUACUUCUCCAAAUUGAUUAAAAAGCUUGGCAAACUUAAUAAAUAAUUUAACGUAGGCAGAAAAAAAAAAGAAAAUAUCCCACCGUUUUGGAAAUUGGUUAGCAUAACUGUAAAAGUUCCAAUCAUACCAUGGACAACCAGUGUUUAUAGUAAUGGACUGUCUUUAUAACCAGAGUAUUUAGUGUGC